AUGUUUGGAGUGUCAUGUGCACCUGAAAUGUUUCAAAAAUUCGUAGAAAAGUUGUUACUAGGUUGUGAGGGCACUGAAAAUUUUAUAGACGAUAUUAUCAGCCAUGGAUCUGACGAGCUUGAACACGACAUACAACUCGACAAAGGGUACUUACUACGGAUGUUGAAGGAAAAUAAUGUUCUCCUCAAUCAUACUAAAUGCAUAUACAAGACAAACAGGAUUAAAUUUUUAGGACACCAAUUAACGGGAAAAGGAGUACAGCCUCCAGAGAAAUACAUGAAAGCAAUCCAGACUUUAAAAAAACCUACAAAUAUCGAAGAAAUACCGAGAUUUCUUGGGCUAGCCAUUUAA